AUGGACCCAGCUACCGCUAUCGGCGUUGCCUCCGGCAUCAUCACCUUUCUCAAUGUAGCCUGCAAAAUAGUUGACGUGGCGAGCGAGCUUUACACGUCGAAUAGUGGCGCGACCAAAGAGAACGAGCGCAUCAGCCAGGUCAUCACCGACCUCAAAGAUGUCUCACUCGGUCUAACAGCCAACACACCGGUAUCCGGCAGACACGAGGCGGCGCUGCAGGAGCUCGGCCGAGACUGUGCGGCUUUAUCAGCGGAGCUGCUCUCUAUCCUUGAAAAUCUACGCCUCGCCAAAAGUCGAUUUUAA